AUGGCUGCCCCCAUGAGCAGUGUGGGUAAACCCUCAGCUGAACGAUCACCGUUCAAUAAUACGAGUUUUCAGAAGAAAACGAGAAGCAAGUUAAUCUCCAUACCUGGUACCAGACCCUCGGUUCAAAAUGGACAACUCUUAGUUUCCACUGGGGUCACGUCUCUCGACUAUCUGCUGGGUGGCGGGUUAGCAGUUGGAACAGUACUUCUCAUAGAGGAAGACCGAUAUGAUAGCUACUCUCGUAUGAUCUUAAAGUACUUCCUGGCAGAAGGAGUUGUGUGUCGACAUGAACUUUAUGUGGCGGCGGCUCAAGAUAACCCAGAUGACAUCUUACAGGAACUCCCGGCUCCCAUCCUGGAUGAUGUUGCCCUGCACAAACCUCCAGAGCAGCCCAGGCUGUCGUGUGAACCUCAGGAUGGUUUGGACGCCAUGAAGAUUGCCUGGCGCUAUCAGAAUCUGCCAAAAGUACAGACUGCCCUGGCCUCUUCAUCCCGGUUCGGGCACUACUAUGACGUUUCCAAGACGAUGGAGCCAGAAAUUCGCCAGGCAGCCAAGUGCCACCGCUUCUACCUUCCAGAACAUCCCACCCAGUCAUCACCCACGCACAGUACCAUGCUUGAGUCCUACUCUGCGUUGCUCAAGUCUCUUCAAGAGGUCAUAAGCAGGGAGGGCUUUGAUGUAGCAGCCCCUAUGUCAAAUUCACGUAACAUCCUGCGAAUCGGGCUUCACUCUCUUGGCUCGGCUCUGUGGGGUGAUGACCUGUGUUGCCAUGACAACCCUAAAAAUGGCCGCGCCCUCACUACCUUUCUCUAUGGACUGCGUGCUUUGCUGAGGACCUCGUUGUCAGUGGCAGUAAUUACUCUGCCUUCACAUCUCAUCCAGGACAGAGCUCUAAUGGGCAGCAUAACCAGGCUGUGUGACAAUGCCAUAGCCCUGGAAUCAUUCAAAGGCUCUGAGAGAGAGACCAACCCACUCUACAAAGAUUACCAUGGUCUGUUACAUGUACGCCAAGUACCUCACCUGAACUGCCUGGCGAGUAAACUUCCUGACCACAAGGACCUGGCCUUUAAGCUCAAGAGAAAGCAGUUCAGUAUUGAGAGACUGCAUUUGCCUCCAGACUUGUCUGACACGGUGAGUCGUGUAAGCAGGGGGGAGCUGGCAGGAGCGACAACGGUGGCUUCAGCCUGUGGCUCCGGCUCUUCCGGCAACAAACACCUGGACUUCUAGCGCUCCCACACAGUCGCCACGGGCAACCCACACCUGGAACGCUGUGGCGUUGUCCUCUUUACCGUGGUGACCAGGUUGUUCCCUUACCUACAUGAUGUCAACCUCGAUAACCCUGCCAGCCUUUACCACCUGCCAACUGUCCCAGCCAGGGGUGAAGAUCUAAACAUCCACAGUGCUUUGUCUCAUAACGGACACAUUUCAUCCCAUAUUUCAAGUCUUUUUUUCAUACAAAGCUACAGUUCACAAUUGUUUUGCACAUUCCAAGAAUAAAGAUAUGUUUAUUUAACAAAAAAUAUUGGCCAUUGAUUUAUAUUUUCACUUUAAGUUACAAAAUAAUACCUUAUAGUAUUUUUGAAAUGAUGACUACAACCUAACCCAACUAUAGUAAAACAAAUUGAGGGUUAUUCAAGAUUUGGGACUUUUUGUUGUUGUUCUCUGGGGAUUUUGAAUACAAGGAAAGUGUAAUCAUGGAAUAUUUUGUAGUCUUCGCAGACUCUCACUCUUGGUAAACAUUAAAUAAUUCAUAUGCAUUCUCCCAGGCUGCCAGAAUACUGUACAAAAGACAUAUGGCCACUCCUGCCUUGCUCCACAAUGCACAAGAGCGGCUUAUUCUCUUCGAUAAUGCAAUGAAAUGUGCUUUUGUUCAGGCAAAUACAAUAAAAUAACUACACAAUACAUGACAAA